AUGAAGGUUCUAAGUAUUUUUUUGCUAUUUACUAUUGCUGUGGCUUGUUUUGCUGAUACAAUAGUCUAUCGUGGUACGAUAUGUGGUUGGGGCGAUCCAUCAAAUCUUAAUCAAGUUUUAUGCAAAGGAUUGAAUCCAAUAGAUAGUUGCCCUCCUGGGUUUUUGCGACAACAACUCGAAGGCAAUGUUGCUUAUUGUUAUACAAACAGUACAACAAUGGAAAAAAAUGGUGCUCCACUUGGUAGAUUAUGUGGUGGUUUAGCACGUAAUCUAUGUGGUGGAUUUAGUCCAAAUGAAUAUGAUUCAAAAGUAGAAGAUACAUCAGGAACAGUUUGUGGAGUGGUUAGUGAUUAUAUUGGACAGACAUGUAAUGGAUUACCAUUAAGAACUUGUCCAUUUGGAUAUUACUCCAUUGAUUAUGAAAGAGAAUGGGAUUGGCAUGCUUGUUUUAAAAAAUAG